AUGCACUUCUCCCAGGUCGGGAGUCGUGGGCUGUGCGGAGGCGGGCGCUGGCCGCCAGGUGGCGCCCGGCUCGUGCCGGGUCUGCGCAGAGUCCGCCGCGCGCGGUGCACCGGAGCGCCGGGGCUCUGGACCGAGGGGGCGGGCAGAGGCGGAGACUCCGCGGAACUCUGCUUCCAGGAUCACACCCUCCUCAGGCCGGAGAAGAGGAGAGACAUUUUCCUGUCGCGGCUCUCCCAGUCUGGGAUGCGCCGGUAG